UUUACGAGCCAACACUUCAGUACACACCUCCAGAAAAACAACAAACAUGGCCGAGCCUGAAAUCCGACCUGCCCCUAAACACCUUAAAUCAGACGUGUGGAAUCAUUUCGGAUUCUACAAUGUUGACGGAGGAAAUGAAUUGGACAAAAGCUACGUUGUAUGCAAGAUUUGUCGCGCUAAAUUAAAAUACUUUGGCACAACGAAUCUGAGAAGUCACACAGCACGAUUCCACCCUACAGAGGAGUUGAGAAAGCCGGCUGCUGCUGUUGCUACUAGCAGCCUGAGAACAACUGAGGACACCCUGAAGAAGGAGCCAAAGACAUCGAAAAAGGCCAAGCGAAUUACGAACGAUGAAGAGCCCUCUCCAAUUGUAGCCCCCAUUGAGGAAUCCGAUUUAGAUGAACAUUUCAACUUAAAACCGUGCCAACUGUUCCCUCAGGUUUCAGAACCUCCACGUGGACUCCAGCCUGAGACCCUCAUUCAGAUGGCAUCUGCUAAUGCGGUAGAGGUGAAAACUGAGAAUGACCAAGGUGUGAGAGAGCUUGGCUUGGACGCUGCUAUCUUCUGGGGUCAUUGCAACACAGCAGGAUGUACGGAAGCCAUCUUCAGCGAUUUCUUAACAGACAUGAAGGAUGUCUUCCUGAGGAUCCAGAACUGUCAGGCCAGUCAGGACGAUUUCAACGUGGCGUUGCAAGUUAUGUUGUCUUCUGGCAAAAUGACAGAGCUGCUGAGAAAACAGCAAAAAGAGUUGGAGCACAAACAAGUGGCAGUGCAAAAGUCAGUGGCAGCGAUGCAGGAAGUCAUGUCUUUGCUGAGCAGAUGAUGGCCACUUUCUCACUGCAUGGAAUCCAGCACCACUCUCACUGGAAGCAUUUAAUACUAUGUUGGGCUUUUUAUUAGUUUCCCCUCGCUGCUUGAUUAGCAUAUGUUCUAUCAUGAUCACCCACAUUUUAUUUUUAAACAUUUAAAGAUGUCAAAGAAGUGUUAUUAGAGCUGACACUGCUUGCUUACAGAUCUGAACUACAUCACAGACAGCCGCCUAGAAAGCGUUUAGUCUGGCUUGAAAACUAAUCCUGCAAACGUCUUUGGACUUCAGAAAAACACACUGGUUUGUGAAAAAAUGCGUUUCUCCAUUCUUAUGCGGUUAGCCCAGUGCUUCUCAAAUAGUGGGGGGCGCGUGUGACCCUGGGGAACAGGCUUUUUUUUUGGCAGUACUAGAAUGAAGUGUAAUUGCGCCUUUACUACAGCAGGGGGCAGUGGCGCUCUCAUUGUUACUUCUGUCACGUUUGCGACAGUGCGACAUUUUACGACUUACAAGACAAGUUAGGAUAGUCACUUGGGGCGCGAAUAGUUUUCUUCUUGCUAGGGGGGGGGCGUAACAGAAAAUAAUUGAGAAGCACUGGGUUAGCCACAGAAUUAGCUGCAUUGCGUAAUGAUUUCUCUGCGUUAAGUUCUGAAAAAUACCAACAUUGAAGGUUGUUUGAAAUAAAAUAUUAUUUUGCAACAAA